AUGGACAGCAGUGAGGGGCAGAUUUUAGGAGUUGAUAUUGAGGAUAGAAUUGUGCCUAGGACGGCACGAGAGUUAUAUGAGAUGGAGCAGCUGCGUAAGACAAAUCCCCUAGAGUUUUCUAGAGAGGGGGAGGGUUUUGAGGCUGGGGAGUGGUUGUGCCAGAUGAGCAGGCGAUUGGAUACCUUGGCCAUACCAGACAAUAGAAGGAUGAUGUUGAUCUCAUAUUAUUUGAGGGGGAUAGCUUUCGAGUGGUGGGAUUCCUUGGAUCAAAGGAAGAAUGAUUUGACUUGGUAUACCAAGAAGUAUGAGGAGUUGUACAAGUAUGGGAAGAAGUAUGCUCUAGAUGAUGAAAGCAAAGUUGAGAAAUAUCGAGACGGUCUACUUUCGAGCAUCUGUAGGAUGGUGAUUGCUUCUAGGGCGAGGACUUAUGAUGAGACGGUGGAUAUGGCACUAGAGUUAGAGCGAGGAGAGCACAACUCCCACCAGUAUUGGGAUGUGCAGAAAGGUCUUGAAGCUUUAACAAUUAGUGGCAGUGGAGGAGGUAGCCAGAAGAAAUUGAGGACUGAGUUUCAGGGCUUGAGGGGCCAGAAGGUUGAUCAAGGCAAAGGUUUGGGGCCAAGGGAUGGCAAGAUUGUGUGUUUCAAGUGCGACCGGGAGGGCCAUAAGAAGAAUCAGUGCACCAUCAUGGGAGUCAAGUGUUUUGGGUGUGGUAUGAUCGGUCAUAGGAAGCAUGAGUGUCCACAGAGUGGCAGAGCUUUAGAGUAG